CCGCGGCGGGGGGCGGGUCGCGUGGCUGCCCGCGCCUGUCGGGCUCCGUCGGUGGCGGAGCUGCGGGCCCUGCCCGGCCGGUGCUGGGGCUGCGGGUUCCGCCGGGGUCUCGCAUCGCUGCCGCCGCAUCGCAUCGCUGCCGCCGCAUCGCAUCGCUGCCGGGCUCGAACACGGACCCGUAGUAGCCCACGUAGUGGCCCUGUAGCCCAUGCUGACCGCGCGUGUCGGCGGGGGCCUCGCCGGGCGGCAGCGCCAUGGGGCCGUGGGGCCGGGGCCUGCCGUGGGCUCUGGUGCUGCUCGCCUUGCGCGGAGCGGCCGGCGCCCGCCCCAGCUUCGUCCUGUUGCUGGCGGAUGACCUGGGCUUCGGAGACCUGGGCAGCUACGGGCAUCCUUCUUCGGCCACGCCCAGCCUGGACCGGAUGGCUUCCCGAGGGCUGCGGUUCACCGACUUCUACAGCAGCUCCCCGGUGUGCAGCCCGUCCCGGGCAGCCCUGCUGACAGGCCGGUUCCAGAUGCGCUCCGGGGUUUACCCUGGUGUGUUCAGCCCAGACUCACGGGGAGGCCUGCCGCUGUCUGAGGUCACCAUUGCUGAAGUGCUGAAGGCUGAGGGCUAUGCCACAGCCAUGGUUGGCAAGUGGCACCUUGGCCUGGGGAUUAACGGCUCCCUUCUGCCCAUUCAUCAGGGCUUUGACCACUUCUUGGGUGUGCCCUACUCUCAUGACCAGGGCCCUUGCCAGAAUCUCACCUGCUUCCCACCUGACGUCAAGUGUUUUGGGACUUGUGACCAAGGCUUGGUGCCAGUCCCACUGCUCUGGAACCAGAGCAUUGUGCAGCAGCCAGUCUCUUUCCCUGAUCUGGUGCCACUCUACAACAAAUUCUCCCGAGACUUCAUCGCUGACUGUGCCCGACGAGGCCUCCCCUUCCUGCUCUACUAUGCUUCCCACCAUACACACUACCCUCAAUUUGCAAGCCAGGAGUAUGCAGGGCAGUCAUGGCGUGGGCCGUUUGGUGAUGCGCUCUUGGAGUUUGACGGCUCAGUGGGACAGCUGCUGCAGACACUGCAGGAAAAUGGUCUUGCAAACACGACCUUGGUGUUUUUCACCUCUGACAAUGGCCCAUCCACCUUGCGGAUGGCACGUGGAGGCAGUUCUGGCCUUCUGAAGUGUGGGAAGGGCACAACAUACGAAGGUGGCAUGCGGGAACCAGCAGUGGCUUAUUGGCCAGGCCAUAUCACUCCAGGAGUGACACAUGAACUGGCAAGCACCCUGGACAUCCUGCCAACACUGGCUACCCUGGCUGGAGCAGCUCUUCCCAAAGUUGCCCUGGAUGGCUAUGACCUGAGUCCAGUGCUGUUUGGGUCAGGGAAGAGUCCUCGGCAGACAAUGUUCUUCUACCCGCCAUCCCCUGAUCCGCUGCACGGCCCCUUUGCUGUCAGGCUUGGGAAGUACAAGGCCCAUUACUUCACACAAGGUUCCUUUCACAGCGAUACGACCCCAGACCAGGCCUGCCACGGGCUGACCCCGCUGACCCCUCACUUGCCCCCGCUGCUCUUUGACUUGGAGUCAGACCCAGCUGAGAACUAUGAUCUGCUGCAGAGUGGCGCAGGGCCGGAGGUUCUGCAAGUCCUGAAGGAGAUCAAACUGCGGAAAGUGCUUUUGGAGCAGCAAAUGGGGUUUGGAGAAAGCCAGAUCAGGAAGGGCAGGGAUCCCGCCCUGCAGCCCUGCUGCGUACCAAACUGCACUCCUAAGCCUUCCUGCUGCUACUGCUCCUAGCUUCUUGCUGCUCCAUCCCCUUCAGUUGUUCCACACUGGAACGCUAUCCAGGACCCACCAAACACCCCCUCUGUCCCCAACUAACCAAGCUCAGCCUUAGAGCUACCCUGCAGCUUUGGCUCAGUGACACCUCUGUCUAAUAGAGUGCUGGGGUAGCCAACUGUGGGUUGGGGAGAUUACCAACCCUGCUAGGAGCGCAGGUCAGUGGAUCCUAUGCUCUGCGUUGGAUGUCCAAGCUAAGGCCUCUUGACAGAAACCCUGACUUGUUCAGGGUGGGAUCAUGGUCCAUCGUCAUCUCCAGAGCCAGAACAACUCCUUUCAAACCACAAUCAAGGUGAAGCAAAGGGCAUGCCCCAGUGUUCAGAGCUCCCAGCUCAGCUGGAGACAUGCUCUGCACCUCUGAGUAAGAACAGAGCUGGAAGCUGCAGCACCAUCACUCGCCAGGGGCCAAGAACACAGCAAGAGGAGGAUGGCAUGGAUGGUCCUGGCAGCUUCAGAGGCAGGACCUUGUGCAGCUAGUGCAGAAUGGACAUGCCUAGGUGGAAAGCAGCUUGGGGUAUGUGUGCUUAAGUACCUCCAAGUCCUUCAUGACUCCAGGAGGUGGAGAUGUGGCCAGUGGUUGUCAGGAUUGGUCCUCUUGUAAGGUCUGUGGAUCUUGGGGCUGAUCAAUCAGGUGGGCGGCAACCACAUGCCAUCCACAUGACUGAAAGGGUCUGUCUCCUCUUGCUUGUGAGCUAGUCCAGCUCCAAGUUUCCCAGUGACUUGCACAUGCACACAGCGCUCCCACCAGUCGCUGGCCCUAGACACUGGGUGUUUCCAACUGGGGGGUCCCCCGACCUGUGUUCCCUCCUGCCAUUGCUAGCAGCCAGGCCUCUGGGCCCACCCCACCCCGGGGACAGAGCGGAGCCGCACAGAGAAAGGUUUGGAAUCACUCUCAACAAGAAGGUAGGACGGGUUGUGGUGCUUACGUGCAAGGCUCAGCCAAACAAGCAAUCCAACUAGCAGCUUAGGGGUGACUGGCUCCUUGAUCCCCCUUUCUCUCCAUUUUCCAUGCUUUUAUAUCCCACUCACCUGCCUUGAGUGCUCCCUUUCUCCACCCUUGUGUCCUCCCAAAUGAGGGACCUACCUGUGAUUGUUUUUUCCCCCUUGCUCCCAGGUUAGCUAGGCUUGUGAACAGAUUUGGUGUUCCAGGUGACAUUAGUUAGAUCACCUUGGACUUCUGUGGCAUUACUGAUGUGGUUUCCUGGCUACUGCUGUCCCUGCCAGACUCCUCUCCCCAAAAUGACCCCAACCAUUCCUUCAUGUAUCUGUGAAGUGUGGCCACCUCUCACAUAAUUCUCCUUUAACCACGUCCAAAAUCUGGUGCUGGAAUAGCAGAGUAUCCACAGAAGACAAGCCUUCUCUAAGGCCUUCUUCUGCCUGCUCUAAGCAGAUAUGGGGCACCACCUUCAGGUCAAUUUUCAAAAAACAAAUCAGCCUUGAGUUCAGUUUGAGGCCCAGUCCUGCUGCCUGUAGGGCCUUGAUAGCAGCUAUUCCAUUUUCAGACAGAGCCUGGCCUGCCAUCCUAAGGACCAGGUUGUGCACUCAGUUGUGUGCCUUACAUAUAUCCACACAAGCCAGGACGGCAGCAGGAAGCUCCUGCACUUUUCACAAGCGUUGAGGCUGCCGUUCUUCAAGCUACCACCUCCAGGAACCUAGCCCCACUCAGCAAAGGCAGCGCACGUGGCUGGCUCCUGCUUUUCUCCCAUGACUGCCCUGUGCUCCAUCAGGUGAGCAAGGCUCCACCAUCUGCUGUGGAAGGGAGCCUGAUGAGAUUAGGCUGAUACAGGAUUUACCAAAGUCACGGAGAAUGGCAUGUGGAGAGUGGAGCUGAAUGGAGAGUGAGGAUGAAAGCAGGAGCAUCCUUCUUUUCUAGAGCUUGAAAUUGCAAGACCUUGGCCACGCAUACCGGGUGCCACAACUGCCCUUGUCUACCUUGUCCCAGAGCAGCAACAGAACUCAUAGACAGCAAGGACAUGAAGCCUGUCAGUGGAUGUUGCUAUGGCUGACACAGCCAGUGUGGACUGUCCCGCAUCUGCGUUUCACUGUGCUGUGUGCACGAAGGUUGACGUUGCUUGGGUCUGCUUGGCUUAUUUGCCUUGCACAUCACUGCUUGCCUGCAGCGGCUGUAACCAGAUUGGCUCUACAACACCCAAACUUGUGCAUACUGCCUGCGGUA